AUGGACACCAUGACUAAAAAGCAAUCAGCAGCUCAGUCCUUAUGGCAGCAGGCUGCAAGAACGAAAAGAGACAGCGUCAACUCGCUGAUUCCCGAAGCGUGGCGUCUUCCAUCGAUACCAUCUUCAAAUGACCAAAAGGACGUCACGGGCAUCUAUAUAUGGCAGUUUUUAAGUGCUAAGGAAAUUGAAAUCACUGAGACCGAUGCGUGUGGUAUUGUCUCACGCACGUCAAGCGGUGCAUGGAAAGCGCGUGAAGUUGCUGAAGCGUUUUCUCAUCGCGCAGCGCUCGCACAUCAACUUACCAAUUGUCUUCAUGAGAUCUUCUUCGAUGCGGCGUUAGACGAAGCUCAGGCUCAGGACGAUUACUUCGCCAUGCACAAGAGGCCGAUUGGACCGCUUCAUGGGCUUCCGGUCAGUCUUAAAGAUCAGUUUCAUGUAAAGGGUGUCGAGACGACCAUGGGCUAUGUAGGCUGGAUAGGCACAUUUGAAGGCCGCCGAGGCUCCGGUAACGAACUUAUCUAUGAAUCAGAGAUGGUGCGCGAACUACGCUCUCUCGGUGCUAUCCUGUACUGCAAGACCUCAGUACCACAUACACUAAUGGCGGGUGAGACGGUCAACAAUAUCAUCGGGUAUACCUGGAAUCCUAAGAACAGACUCUUGUCAGCCGGAGGUAGUUCUGGAGGAGAGGGUGCAUUGAUUGGUCUCAAAGGAAGCCCUGUAGGAUUUGGCACUGACAUUGGUGGUAGUAUCAGAAUUCCAGCUGCGUUCAAUGGAUUGUAUGGGUUACGGCCCUCUGCCGGACGGUUGCCCUACGAGGGUAUGGCAAAUAGCAUGGACGGUCAGAACUCAGUUCUAUCUGUUGUUGGUCCCUUGGCCACGAGUGUUGCUUCUCUCAAACUGCUGGUCAAAAGUUUGCUGUCGCAAGAGCCGUGGUUACACGACCCAUUGGUUCUAGAACUUCCCUGGAGAGAUACAUCCGAUUUGAGCCAAAGCCAACUGACAUUUGGCAUCCUGAAAGAUGAUGGUGUAGUCAGGCCACAUCCUCCAGUUAUUCGCGCAAUCGACAUGGUUGUCGACGCUAUCAAAAGAGCCGGUCACCAGGUUAUUGAAUGGAGUCCUCCGUCCCACACCGAGGGCACACGCCUAGUGGAUGAAAUUUAUGUCUUAGAUGGCGGCCACGAUGUCCAUUCGGCGUUUCGACUAUCCGGAGAGAUCAUUGCUGAUCAAGUCGCGGCCAUGUAUGGGAAAGAACCGGUCGCGGAGAAAUCAGCUUCAAGCAUAGCUGCGAUCAAUGUUAAGAAGAGAAACUAUCAGAGAAAAUAUCUAGAAUAUUGGAACAGUACCUCUGGAAUGACCGGUACCGGACGUCCGGUUGAUGCAUUCAUCAUGCCGGUGGCACCUUUUGCAGCUGCCAGGCCCAAGCUCUACAAUUAUUACGGAUACUCAACAAUCAUCAAUAUUUUGGACUAUGCAACAUGUACUGUGCCAGUUACAUUAGUCGAUAAAGAUAUUGACAAAUCUGAUGCAAACUAUGAACCACGGAACAAGGUGGAUGAAAUUGCCUGGAGAAGCUGUGAGAUAACAAAUCACCUAUCACUUGAUUGGCUGCCAUUGACGAUAAAUAACUGCCUUUGACAGAUGACCCUGAGAUAUACGAUGGGGCGCACGUCAGCGUUCAGGUAGUUGCUAGGCGUCUUCAGGAAGAAAAGGUGCUAGCAUUGACGGAGUCUAUUGCUCAUGCACUCCAAACAUAGUUAUGUCGCGUGAGAUGGGGCUACCGACAAGCAGACACACAGAUUAUCUCAUGGGAUGAAUUUGAAAUUUGGAGAAACCGACGUGUGGACGUGAGACAAAAGCAGCUAUGAUACAUAAAACGCUCCAUAUGUUUGUAGCAGGCAAUAGAGAAACAAGGCCGUUUAUUUCAACCGAGCCUCACCCUUUUCCAUAAUCGAAGGCAUUCCAGCAUAUCAGUCGAUGGGUUGCCAUGUCCCGCUUCUGCAUGAUAUACGACGGCGACAAGGGCCGACGCAUAACAGAAUGCAAUUUUGUUCUUUAUGAGAAGUUCCAAUUGUACCUUUUGCAUACCCCCAAAUUGGCUCCACAGAGCCCAUCUUUCCAGAAUAUUUCCUAUAAGCUUGGCCGUGGUAUUGUCAACCACCAUGAGAUAUAACACGGCUAGGGCCAGUUCUUCAAUGGUGUAUCCUUCAGGGACCACCUUUUCUGCAAUGAGGUAUGUUAAAGUCGCUUGCGCGACCGUACUGUUCUCCAAGCGUGACGAUUGGAUGGCUUCAAUUAGUCGUCUUUCCUCAUAUUCACGCAAAGCCCUUUGUCGAGCAACGUGCUGGCUAUGAUAAUCAUGAGCACUGCGCAUCGUUCUGAUGCGACGUGCUUCUGCAGCUUGUGCUGGCGGCAUAGCAUCUUCUAAUCGCCGCUCGUACAUGUCGCGUUGCAUGCGAUUGCCCACCUCCUCAGGGCUCUCUUGAAGAGAAGGGGGUGGAGACGACCAGGGGGGCACAUCGUCGUCGGUGAGUAUACCGAGAAGGACCAUUACACCGCAUGGGACAGACUUGCGCUUGACAAAACCUGCUAUUUGAUUUGGAAUGGUGAAAUUCCACAGCUCACAGUCAAGGCUUCGACUCAAUGACGAUGCAGAGCAAAGGAACCAUAGGUUAGCCGUUUCUCCUGCACUAUUCAUUUCGCGUAUCUCGCCUGUGGGCACUCCCUCGUCUUCAAAUAGGAUCCUCUGCACACGAUCACCAUCCGGCUUGAAGCGAAAGCUAUCAUUGGGAAUUGUAGUGACGCGUCCUUUUCCUUCCUCGAUUAACUGAAUAAGCGACUGGGAGGAGGAUGGUUCGUCUUCUAACGUUGCUUCAUUGACAAGUGUACUGCCACGACUAAUGUCUCCGGCUUGGGUUCCGUUGGGUUCUUUGGUCUCGAAAGGGUUGU